UAUUUGAGCUUAAUAUUAUCAGAAAUUGAUGUUACUUCGGAACGCUAAGAUCAUAUUAUUUGAAUUGUUUUAUAAUAAUAUGUUAAGAUUAAUAAAUAUUAUAAUUUAGAUUGGAUCUGUAAUUAACUUCAAUAUUGUUAUUGUCCUUGUCAAAAUCUGCCAACAUAAUUAUCACAACUAAGUGGAUAAUACGAUUCAAUUAAUCGACUUUGUUUAAUAAUAUAAUAAUCAGUAUUUUCGAAAUCACACCAUCUAUUGAAAAGAUUUUGUAAGUAAGAAAUUUUCAUUUUUUUAAAUUAUGUUGAAUUAAAAUGGAUAAAAGUUCCGAUUAUUGGAUUGCUUUACAACUUCAAAGUGAACUAAUUGAUCUUACAAACAUUGAAAAUGUUUGUCAAAUAGAUUUAACGCAGUCGUCUUCCUAUGAAACAAUUGAUUUAACUGAGUACAAUGAUAAUCACAAUAUUAAUGAACAAAAACGCAAGUCAAAUAGUUCAUCUUCACAAAUCAUUAAAAAAACAUGUUUAAACGCUACUCAAAGUAUUGUAGAUUCUUCAUGGGAAACUAUAGAUCCCAAUCCUGAUGUACAUGGUUUAUUUUUAGCUUUUAAUCGUCAGUACUUUUGGAAUAGUCUAGAUUCUGUUUCAGUAAAAUGGAAUAAUAGAAUGACAGUUUGUGCUGGAUUGUGUAGGUAUCAAUAUGGCCAAUGCUCUAUAAGCUUAAGUGAACCAUUAUUAAAAUUACGCCCACGCAAAGACGUAGUUGAAACAUUAUUACAUGAAAUGAUUCAUGCAUAUUUAUUUCUUACUAAAAAUUCUGAUCAUAAAGAUAGAGAUGGACAUGGGUCUGAAUUUUGUAAACAUAUGUAUCGUAUCAAUAAAAGUGCUGGUACUAGUAUAUCUAUUUAUCAUAAUUUCCAUGAAGAGGUUAAAUUGUACAGACAACAUUGGUGGAAAUGUAACGGACCAUGUCAAAAUCACCCACCUUUUUAUGGCUAUGUUAAAAGAAGUAUAAAUCGUACACCUAGUAUUAAUGAUGUAUGGUGGACUAACCAUCAAGCUACGUGUGGUGGUUCUUUUAUAAAAAUUAAAGAACCUGAAGGAUAUGGUGAAAAAAAAAAAAAAAAGGUUACAAUUACUGAAAGCAAAUCAGUCAAUAAAAUUACUAAUUUUAUUAAAAUUUUAAAACCACCUGCUGAAAACUUGGUUGUGAAAAAUGAAAAUAAUCAUCAUAAUGAAGAAGAAAAAGAUGAUACAACUUUAUGUCCAGUUUGUAAUGAAACAGUUUUUUCAGAUUGGUUAAAUAUACAUUUACAAAAUUGUAGCAGUCUUAAAGAAUUGUUUGAUAGUGAAAUUGAAGAUAGUUGUCGUUGUGCAGUUUGUAAUGAAGAAGUUGAAAGAUCAUUAAUGGAAGAACAUUUAAAUGUUUGUAAAAACUUAAAUAAUGUUUUUAACAAUAAACUAAUUGAUGUCAGUGAUGAGAAAGAUUCUGUAAAUUGUCCUAAGUGCAAUAAAGUUGUUCAAGAAAAAUAUAUCAAUGAACAUUUAGAUAUUUGUAUAGAUAAAGAAUCUCCAAAAAAUAUUGAUGAAAAAAAAAUAAUAUGUCCAUGCUGUGAACAAAAUUUUACCAAUGUAAUUGAAUUAGAUGACCAUAUUGAUGGUUGUUUGAUGGAAAAUUAAUGACUUUAUUGUUUAUAUUUAAUUCUUAAAAAAAAAUAUUUACUUAUUAUUUUUUAAAUAUAUAUUUACCAAAAUUUGUUAUUUAUGUUUACUAAUUUAUAAAAAAAUACAAUAAAAAGAAAGACAUUCCUAGAUAUUUUA